AUGGCCCUGACUUCCUCCAUCGCGAUGGCUCUUGCCUCGCCCAACCUCUCCCUCGACUUUCCCCGCGGACGCGACAACGUCGAAGCCGCUGCUGCCUCCUCGGGCGACAAGCAGUUGGCUGGCGCCCUGCCCACUCCGCCCAACUCCAUCUCCCCCAACCUGCCUGCCCACGUCGUCUACCCCACCUUGCACUCCCCUCCCCCCAUCAACAUCGAGUACGAAAUGGACAUGAUCGAUGAGAGGGAAGAAGAGGAAGGGGAGGACCGCGACGUCGCGCCCGAAGACACGGAGUUGCCACCCGAGCCAGCAGGCACACCACUCAGCCGUGGCGCGCUAUCGGGGCUGGAUGCCUCGGCGGCCAUCACGCCUGCCAUGCUGGCAAAACACCAUCUCCCCGCCAUCAUGCUGGGCAACGGUCCGAGGCCGAUCCGCUACGUGAUGGGUGAGCUGACGCACUCCGUCCCCGGCUUCUCGCGCAUCCCGCCAGCCAAGGCUCGACGACUGGUCGUUGCUGCGCUGGAAAGUCGACAUGGCGGCGGACCGGAUGGCAGCGUCACGUUCAGCAAAACCGGCUGGGGUCGAUGGGAUGCGCACAUCAAGGGCUCGUCCAAAGACUCCGGCAUCGGCUCCUUCCAGGAUGGCCACAUGUCGCCACCGCGCAGCGAGCGUAGCAGCUAUGCCGUGUCGAAUGGCGACUCUGCCAUGCACAUGCCUGGUCAUCGACUGCACUCCGCCUACUGCGACCAUGUCUCCGGUGACAGCUGGACGGCGUCAAGCCUGCGCGAGGAGGACGAGCUGGAGCUGGACAUGGACGAAGACGAUGACGUGCCGGAGAACGAGGCAGACAAGAUGUCUCUCGACGGACAGUCUGCUCCUGCCGACGACAACGCCUCUUCCAGCAUGAAUGACGACACCGAUGACGAGGACUGGGCUGCGGUCGGCCCGGCGGCACUACGGAAGGCUUCAUUGCCCACUCCUGGUGCCCCGCGGCUCGACUAUAACGCCAUCAGUAUUCCGGGUCAUGGACCGUCGAGAAGCUGGAGUCGACGACCAUCCGCCAUGGCCAACUGGCGCUUCCCUCAAUCUACUUCCUUUCCCCAGCAGAGCGGCUUCGCCGACACUGCAGCCUUGAGCAUGGAUCCGUCCCUAGCCUCGCCCGAGGAGAGGGCUGCAGUGGCUGCUCUGUUGAGUUUGGGAUCCAUGUGA